AUGAACAAACACGAAAGAGUCAGACCCUCAUUUUACGAUGAAGAGCUUGAAAGUGAGAGUGAAGAAGGUACUGGAGGAAGCGAUAAUAGUGAUGAUGAGCUCUCACGUAUGUCCUUCGGAAGAUUAAAAGAUGCGCUGGAGAAAAUAUACAAAGAUAUGGAAGAUGAAGGCACCAGCAAAAGAAACAGAAUCGAUGCAACUGGAGAAAGCAAGCGAUUUGUGUCAAUUGGAGAAGAAUCUGAAUCUGAAUCUGAUAGCGAUUCGGGUCCGGAAGAGACGAUGUCAAAACGUCUGGGAAAGAAGUCAAAGCAUGCACCAAAAGAGUCUUCAACAAAAAGACCUGUAUCCCGUAUACGAGAUAUCCAAGGUCUACCUUCGAGGUUUUCAGGAACAUUGCAUGAAGAUAUCAGGUUCGAUCCUGCUUAUGGAAAGGCAGAUUUAGCAAAAGUUCGAAAGAAUUACGCAUUUUUGGAUGAAUACAGAGAAAAGGAGAUAAAUCAAAUGAAUAGCAUAUUAAAGAAUAAAAAGUCGGCACAGAUUUUGAGCGAUAGAGAAAGAGAAAAUUUAAAGUUGGAAAUGCAGUCAUUAAAAUCAAGAUUAGACACUUUGAACAAUAGAGACAUUGAAAACGAAAUUCUUGCAAAGCACAAGCAACAACAGAUGAAAAACUUUAAGGAGGGGAAGCAAUCAUCGCCCUAUUUCUUGAAGAAGAGUGAAAAGCGAAAGCUAAUUAACAAAGCGAAAUUUGAUAACAUGAAGGUAUCGCAAAGAGAAAAAGUCAUGGAAAGAAAAAGAAAGAGAAGGUUGGGUAAAGAGUUUAAGGAGUUGGAAUUCAGGCCCCGACUGUAG